CGACAUACUCGGUGACACGAAGCGAAAUCCUCAAAUUCUGCCGGCUAUGUGUCGUGGUUCUCGGGAAGUUCCCACGAAGGCGUCCAAGUGGGUGAAUAGCGUGGGCGGAGCGCAUAGCCUCUCUGAAGGAGAAAAGGUUGGUGAUCUACCCACCAUUGCUCGGGGCACUGUAUUCUGCCAAGAUUGGCGAAUUUCUCCCGGAGAUCUGGGGCGAUAGUUUCACGUGUAUCUGGCUCCACGGUCAGUCGAGCGGUUUGUGGGUGCGGUUGUUGACGUCUGUCUAUACUUAUCAAGUACGCUUGUCAUCACUCAUGAGUCGCUGCAAUCUAAUUCUCGCAUUCGCCGUCCGCUGAGUCGUUCUUGACGGACGAAUCUCAAAUCGGGCCUCGGGACCUUUACCAAAUACCAAAUCGUUCUCUCCGCGAUGGCUUCGAGACAUCGGCCCUUGAGACACACACAAUGGCGCCACGCGACCAUUGAUUGAAUCUACUUGAAGAGCGCAAGACUCACACUCAAUGGACUCUCCACUCAUCCCUCCCACUUUCCCUCUACAUACCUGCGAUCUUUCCGUGGCGCCAUGAAGAGCUUACUGAAGAAAGUCUCAAAGCCUCGUCUCAAGCCGCAACGACCGCAAGACUGGAUCGGAACUGCACGAAACUUUGUUUACAACAUAAUCAACGACAGUGCGAGGGAAAGUAACGUGAGGCUCGGGGCGGAAGAUGGAUAUCUAUCCACUAGAGAGUCAGUUGCUACUUUGUCUCGCUUGAUGGAUAGAGCUCCAGGCUGAGUGCCUAUGCUCAGAUUGUCCAGGCGCAUUGACGCUGUCGAGAGUCUGGGCGCAGCGUUGGAUAUGAACACGGCUGAAAAGAUUCUCAGAGAUGCUGAAACAGCUUGGAAUGAACAUCGGUCGUCAAGCCAGUCUCUCAGAGACGCUCACGAUCUGGCCCUCGCGAAUCGGCCUUCACCACUUAAUCGGGAAGAAAUGUUCCGCAGAACUGCAGAAGAGGCCGCAACAACAUUCGCUUCCCCGCCUGGGCCUGCGUCGCGGGGUCGUGAAUUGCGAUAUGUAUCGCAUCUCACGCACGCCCCCCUCCACCGACGAGUCCCCAACAUCAAUUCUCAGCAAGAUCUCAUUGGCGGAAAGUUCGCUACUAGUAGUACGACACCCCCGACUCGUUCUCCGUACGAGCAAGGUCCAUAUUCCCAGCAACAGUCACACCAGUAUCAUCUGAAUCGUUCUGCGAACCAGGCGGACCCUCACCCUUACCUGCAACCAGCCGGACAGGGCCAUUCACCUUACCCGCCGCCUGCAUCUCAACCGUACCACGGUUAUCCUCAGCCAGUAGACCAUCGUGUCCAUCAGCAGCAGCUCGCCGAUCUCCAAGCGGGAUACUCUCAGUCGCCGCCGCCACGGGGUGGAUAUCCCCAGCCUAGUCAUCCUCAGCAGUCCGGGUUUCUUCAGCGCGGCCAUUCUCAGCAGUCGGGGCAUCUACAAACCGGCUAUCCUCCCCCACCUCAGCAGGAGUAUCCCCAGUCUGGCUACCCUUUUUCUAGCUACCCUCCCCAGCCCGUAGUUUGGCCAUCUGAGCAGUCGCACGACCCAGCUGCCCUGGCGCAGUGCCGUGAUGGGCUCCUCUACCACGAAACCGAGGUCAGCUACGUGGACGACGGAUCCGGGCCAUCCUCUGGUCGUCGUCAGCGGGCUGCUCCUGCUCGUCGUCGUCAUUAG